GAGAACAUUCUUUCUUCUUUUAAUAAUUGUUGAUUGAACUUUUAUUAAAGAAGUUUUAGUUUUGUACAUUACAAAUAUGUUAAAAUUUUUUGGAAGUAAAAAACAGGCAACAUCCGCCACAGAAAAACAACACAAAACAACUGCAACUGCAAGCACCACAACAAGCACGACUAUAGACCCUAUAUCAAUACCUGGUGAUAAUAAGAUUAUUCCAGAAUUGGCACCACUAGAAGAAAAUCAAUUUAAAGAAAAUGAUUUAUUUAUGUUUAAUAAAGCGUUAAACUAUGUUGUUGUACGUACUUCACCAAAUUCGAACGAUAUUGAAAUACUUCAUCCUAUUACUGUUCCAAAAGAAUUUAUUAUUAAUCCAGAAACGGAAAAACUGGAAAUUAUUGAAGAUAAUAAUAAAAAUGAAAAAGAUAUAGAUAAACCUGUAAUGUUAAGUGGUGAACAACAACAAAUAUUACAUGAAAUAUAUUCUAAACAAAUAAUAAAAUCAAAGAACUCACCAUAUCAAUGCACGCUUAAACAAUUAUAUAAUGAUUAUAUAAUAGGAGAAGCAACCCGUAUCUCAUCGGUAGGAGAACCAAUAAUCACCAUUCAUACUCCUCAUUUAGAAACCAAAUUACGUAGAACGGGUGCACUUAGUAAUACAUGGCAUUUUAAUUUUGAAGAAAAAGAUUACAGAUGGAAACCAACCUCACUUGGUGCAAAAGAUUCCGAUUUAAUAUGUGAAUUAAUCGAAUAUGAAGUACCUCCUUAUACUAGUAGUAGCGGAAUUGGCAAAAAGAAAAAGAAAGAACUUGUGGCUACUCUGAAGAGGAAAAGUGAAAACUGGGAUAUGAUUGGUGAUCUACAAAUUCUUGAGAAAGCUUGGCAGAAUGUUAAACAACAUCGUGAUUUAGAAAUUCUUUUAGUAAUUAGUUGUUUAAUUAUGUUGGAUAUUAUUGAGACCUCGUAACAUUUUUACUUUUAAAUUAUAUAAAUAAAUAAAUAAAUUUACAUUU